UAAUAAACACCAUAUCUCAUUCAUAUGGAUCAAAUACUUAUCUUACUAUAUCUCCAUUCUUGCUAAAAUGGGGCAAAACAGAAUCCAAGAGAAUAAACAAAGGCUAAAAAAACUCUAGAGGAGACUUCAACUAUCAGGAAAAGUCUGCAAUCCAAAAGAAUGAUAAUUGCUUUUCUUGAAUAUACUUAACACCAUUCCCUCUGGGAGGGACAAGGAAUAACUGCAAGUAUACCUUUAGAAAGAGAUAUUCUUGCAAUCUGCAAUGUCUUCCUUCCCAAAACUUGGCUGACUGCUUUUGAGAUUAUGAAACAAAGAACUUCAAAAAGAUGGCUUUUUGCCCAGAUGGGUUUUCAAGGGGGAAUGAUGGGCAUGUUCAAAACAGCCACUUCUCAAUUAAGGCUCAUUAUCAAAUUACCAAUUGUGUUUAUGUGUGGGGAAGAAGAAGAUGAAGAAGAAGAAUAUGCCUUGUUUCUGAAUGGAGUUGUGUGUAAAGAAGGCAUUUCCUAUGCUUCACAACUUCCUUGUAUAGAGAUACAUAUAAACUUCAGAAACAAUUUCAAAAAUUUGAAAGGCAUCAAAAUCAAACACUGUUCAUUGUGAAACUCUGUUGAGAAAAUUAUAAGUCUAGAGAAUUCAGCACAUGGAAACUUUGAUUAGUCAAAGAAGAGUGAGUUUUUCGGAUUCAGGACAACAUAAAAAGGAUGCUUCCAUCAAACGUAGAGAUGGAAUUCCACAGAAAAAAACAAGAUCCUUCAAAGAGGAUAAAAAGGAAUCCAAGAAGUUAAAAUGGUAUUUUUCAAACCAAAUGAAUGAGGAUUAUGAUUCAAGUGAUAUAGAGCUUGCCACUGCAGUAGCAUCAGCUGCAUUUGCAAUUCGCUCUCAAGAAGAAACAGAUUUACAAUAUCAGAAAAAGAAGAGGGAAAGCCUGGAAGCCUCAAUAUCAAAAGUUAAAAGCAGAAAAGAUAACACACCUGCAUUCGCUCCCAGCAUAACAAAGCGAUUGUCUAACAAGGAAACCACCAAUCCUGGUCAAUCUUCAAUAAAGAAGCCAAUGGAACAGGAAAAGAAGGAAUCAAUGACUGGAAUUCCCAUACCGCCACCGAGACGAAGCCUUGUACCAACUAGAGCAGAUGUGUGGGAAAGAAAUAAGAUGGAGAAGAUUAAUAAAAGGUAUCAUAAGAUAAAAGCUUCAAUUCUUGUCUGGGAGAAUGAGAGAAAAAUGCGUGCGAAACUUCAUAUGGAAAAGAAAAAGGUUGAAUUGGAGCACAAAAAGGCAUUGUUUCUGCAAUAUUACCAGGACAACAUAGCACGAAUUGACCAGAUUGCGGGGGGAGCAAGAGCACAGCUGGAAGAGAAGAGAAAAAGGGAAGAGAAUAAAGCAAGAGAAACAGCAAACAGAAUCAGAUCAACUGGACGACUUCCUGUGACUUGUUUCUGUCUCCAGUAUCACUAAGAAUGAGAUUUGGCCUUGUGAACACAGAAACAUGAAAUCAAACAACUCCUAUUUACUUA